AUGCCAAGCGCAGCACCUGACGCCGGCCCGCGCCACCGCGCGCCCUCUCGGGUUGUACGGGCAUCCCCGUGUGCGCUCGGGCUUCUUCGCCCUCUGCUGUCCCUCCGCUCCCCCCCAAUAAACCGGACUAGCAGCCGGGCAGUGCGCCGAGAGUACCGGGCGCGCGGGGAAGGGCGGGGCCUCCGGGAGCGGGCGGCCUUCUGCAGCGCCGCGGCCGUUACCGGCGCCGGAGGGUCACGUGGGCAUCCGGACGUGACGUCCGGGGGCGGGGCCGGACCGAGCCGCGGAGCGGUGCGCGCUGAGGGGCGAGGCGGCGUCAUGGCCGAGCCGGGCGCGGCCGCCGUGAGUCGGGGUCUCGCGGGGGCUGGGGGCGCGCGCGGCGGGGGCAGGGGCGGGCGCGGCGUAACGGGGCGGCCGCUGACCCGGUUGUUGCCGCAGGGCGAGAACGGCGUGGGCGGCAGAGCGGUCCGCGUGGGCACCCGCCGGAGCCAGCUGGCCCGGAUUCAGACCGACAGCGUAGUCGAGAUGCUCCGUGAGCUAUACCCUGACCUCUCCUUUGAGAUUGUUGCCAUGUCGACAACCGGAGACAAGAUCUUGGAUACAGCACUUUCCAAGAUCGGGGAGAAGAGCCUCUUCACCAAAGAGCUGGAAAACGCACUUGAAAGAAAUGAAGUUGACCUCGUGGUUCACUCCUUGAAGGACCUGCCAACUUCUCUUCCUCCUGGCUUUACCAUCGGCGCUGUCUGCAAAAGGGAAAACCCACUCGAUGCUGUUGUCUUUCAUCCCAAAAACUGUGGGAAAACACUGAGCCUCCUUCCUGAAAAGAGUGUGAUUGGAACCAGCUCACUUCGGAGAGCAGCCCAGCUCAAAAAGAAGUUCCCUCAGUUAGAAUUCAGGGAUAUCAGAGGGAAUUUAAAUACCCGCUUAAAGAAGCUAGAUGAGAAGGAAGACUUCAGUGCCAUCAUCCUGGCUGCUGCUGGGCUGAAGAGAAUGGGCUGGGAGAAUCGCAUUGGCCAGCUCCUAAGCCCUGAAGAUUGUCUGUAUGCUGUUGGACAGGGUGCCUUAGCAGUGGAAGUUCGUGCCAAAGACCAAGAGAUACUGAAUAUGGUAUCUGCCCUGCAUGAUGCAGACACCGUGUUACGCUGCAUUGCUGAGAGAGCCUUUAUGAAACGUUUGGAGGGUGGAUGUAGCGUCCCUGUUGCCGUCAACACCAUGCUGAAAGAUGGCCAGUUGUAUUUGACAGGAGCAGUCUACAGUUUGGAUGGAUCUGAUAGCCUGAAGGAGACUAUGCAGACCAGUGUUAAUUAUCCCCAAAAGAAUGAAGAUGGACCAAAUGAUGACGUGCAGCAUGUUGGCAUCACAGCCAAGAAUGUCCCUGGUCAGGCCCAGGAAGCUGCAGAGAACCUUGGUGUUGAACUAGCUAGUUUACUUCUGAGCAAGGGAGCUAAGCAUAUCCUUAGCGUGGCAAGGCAGCUCAAUGAUGCCCGCUAAACCUGUGGUGUGCUCUGCAUGACUGCUAGAACUCUAGCAAGUCUUUGCAGCUAUGCUGUCAUCCUCCUUUGGAGGAAGAGAUUUAUUUAAAUGCUCAGACCGGUCUUACCCGAUGUUUGGGCACAAAAACUUGAAAUACUAAGUUAACUAACUUGAGUAGUUUACGCUGUUCAGGGUUUUCAUCCCUCUCUGCAUUUCUCUAAAUUGCGAAGUGUCUCUGUGAAGGUUUUUCAACAAUUUUUGUAGCUAGGAAGGUUAAAAAAAUAAUUAACCCCCCUCCCCCCCCCCGAUCUAUUCCUAUUCCGUUUAGGAACAAGGCACUCAUGACAUUAUCAUCAGAGACUCGGCUGGGAUGGUACUGAAGUGCUGUACUGUGCUGACAGUACCAAAGUACUUUCAGUAGUCAUUAAUAUUAUUUGGGACUGUUCACUCAUCAGAACGCUGGAGAGGAAGACUGCUGUUAGGUUCCUAAUACCGGGCUCCUCCUAGUCAAGUAACACACAUGCCAUGUUCGUAGGGCUCAGUUAAGGUAAGGAAUUAAGUUUGCAGUUACCAGAUGCAAAUCUGUCAGUUGGCCAGUAAUAAAUUAGGAAGUAAGCGGACAGCCAGUCUGGUUUCCCUUGUACGCUUGUCUACGAGGGUAGUCUGAGACAGUCAUUCACCUACACUAACCUGUCAGCCAGGAGCUGAAGAGGAAGCCCCGAUUUGGGCUAUCGUGCCCUUCCCUGUAACUGCUAGCCCUUUCCUUUUACUGAGGCUCCUUGCACUCGCUGUGGGGUCGCCAGCCUCUCGGCGGGGCUCGUGCGUUACAGUGCCUUGUAGAAACACUGAAACGGCACCUUGCAGGGGUCCCGUUUUGGAAACGAAGCAUCGUUUAUUCUCUAUGCAACGUCCACUGAAUGUAACAGACGAUAAAUACAGCUGAAUGACAAGCA